AUGAAGAUCGACAACCUUGAAGAUGUGAUUAUUGCGCUACUAGCAGCACACCCGAGCCUCAAGAUGGCUGUUAUGUACGGCCGAGGUGCCAAGUGUGAGACAAUGGAGUGGAAAUUCCGCGCCUGGCGCAAAGAAGCCCAGAAGCUUCAGGCCACUGGAGGCGAGAGUACCUUUCAGCGUCAGCCCACUUCUCGAAAGAAUCUCCGCAAGCCACCCAGACCCUCGAAGAGGUCCUCGUUUACACAGAAGCCAUCUUCAUUCAAAAGGCAAAAGUCCAAAGCGAAAUUUGCGGGUGACAAUAAUGACGCAAGUCUUGCUGAUUUAGGCUCGAACAGUGACACCUGGGAAGACGAAAGCAUGUCCAAAAGCUCUGAGCUUGAGACCGAGAAUACCUCGUCUCUUACUAGCCCUUGUGUGAUGACUGAAGAGGAUAUCAAGCUCCAGAUUAUCUCCGACGAUGAGAGUAAGGAUGAGGUCGUGUUUCUAAGCCAACGACCCGCGAAGGAAGUAAAGUUGGAACGCCAAAAUGUGGACAAGGCCAAGCCGGUGCGAGCUACCGAGGAUGUUGAAUCCAAAAGCUGGGGUUUUCUUUUCGACUGGCCAACUGAGACUGAGAAUGCAAACUCACGCGACGACUUGGAAUUUGACGCGGAUGCCUUCAAGAUUUUCAUGGAACGCGUUCAAAUCAGUAAAGAGAGCAAUCAUUUCGAUAUUUUCCUUGAGCCAGGGCUGUUGAACGGUCAUAGCAAGCAGAUCUAA